CAUUUGAACUACACAGCCGUAUGCCUACCAAGAAGCACAGCGCGCACUGAAUAAAAGAUGUCCAAAAACCCUUGACGAACCCUAGAUCCGCAAUCCGUCCACAUACAAUCCCACCAUAAACAUGGAAAUCGAUCCUCCAAACGAAUCAGUGGGUCUUCAAAUUAAAGAAAAAGAUCUCUUCAAAGCCGCGGAGACGGGCGAGUCUUCCAUAUUCAAGUCCCUCUCUGAAGAACACCUCUCUAAGUCUCUUAAACUGCGGAAUGAAGACGGUCGAUCUCUUCUCCACGUCGCCGUAUCCUCCGCCCGUCCCGAGGUGGUCAAAGUUCUCUCAGAUGUCUCCGAUGAAUCAGUUGUGAAUGGUACCGAUGAAGAAGGUUGGGGUCCGAUUCACUCAGGUGCGAGCAUUGGUAAUUUGGAAAUUAUGGAAAUUCUGUUGAGUAAAGGAGCGAAUGUUAAUGGGAAAAAUGACGGUGGCCGCACCGCUCUUCAUUAUGCUGCUAGCAAGGGAUGGUUGAAGAUUGCUGAACUUCUGAUCUCUCAUGGUGCAAAGAUCAAUUCAAAGGACAAGGUAAGAUCCACCCCAUUGCAUAGGGCAGCUAGCACUGGAAACUCGGCAUUAUGUGAACUCUUAAUUGAAGAAGGAGCAGAAGUUGAUGCUACUGAUAGAACUGGACAAACUCCUCUCAUGAAUGCAGUCAUUUGUCAUAAGAAGGAGGUAGCUCUCCUCUUAAUAAGACAUGGAGCUGAUGUGAACAUAGAGGACAAAGAAGGAUAUACUGUUCUUGGCCGGGCUUCAAAUGAUUUUAGACCGAUACUGAUCGAUGCUGCCAAAGCUAUGCUUGACGUAUGAAUUUGACUAUCGGUGUGCUGUGCCUGAUUAAACCAUGUGUUUCUUAGAAAAACCUGUGAGUUACGAAAAGACGAAAGGGGGAAAUGACUAUUCACUCCAUCGUGUGAUGAAUCUUUUGGAGUAAU